GGAUCCAGUCCAAUCAUCAAAUGCUAUUAAGAAAAAAUAUGAUUUGGUAUAAUCUCAGGGUCAAUGCAAGUCACAGGAAGUCCUGGUUUCCUGUUUCCUGUUUCCUAAUUCUUCUCUGCUCUAUUACCCCUCCCCUGUCCCUUUGUAUAUUUUCCAUUGAGACCAUUAGAGACAGCCAGCUCUCUCCAGGAGAUCAGACUUAGAGCUGUCUGGAAGAAGACCCACAGCUGUUGGAAAGUGCAGGAGUGAACAAGAUGGACACCAACAUCUCUUUCCUCAUGAACAUGUCUACAGGGAACUUCAUGAAUGUGUCUGCAAGGACCCAGUCAGCAUCUGCUGGCUACAUUGCUCUGAAUGUCUUCUCAUAUUUGAUGCUUGCAGUCACCUUUGUCCUUGGAGUGCUGGGCAAUGGGCUUGUGAUCUGGGUGGCUGGCUUCCGCAUGGUACGCACAGUCACCACCAUCUCUUAUUUGAACCUGGCCAUUGCUGACUUCUGCUUCACCUCCACUUUACCAUUUUUCAUCGCCUCCAGGGCCAUGGGAGGACAAUGGCCAUUUGGUUGGUUCAUGUGCAAGUUCAUAUUUACCAUUGUAGACAUAAACCUGUUUGGAAGUGUCUUCCUGAUCGCCCUCAUAGCACUAGACCGAUGUAUUUGUGUCCUGCAUCCAGUCUGGGCUCAGAACCACAGAACUGUGAGUCUGGCCAAGAAAGUAAUCAUUGGCCCCUGGAUGUGUGCUUUCCUACUUACCUUGCCAGUUAUCAUUCGUGUGACUACAAUCCCUGAUAAACUUGGGCCAGGGAAAACAGGCUGCACUUUUGACUUCUCCCCCUGGACCACAAACCCUGUAGAGAAGCAGAAGGUGGACAUCACUAUGUUCACCAUCAGAGGAAUCAUCAGGUUCAUCAUUGGGUUCAGCACACCCAUGUCCAUUGUUGCCAUUUGCUAUGGGCUCAUAGCCACUAAAAUCCACAGGCAAGGCCUGAUCAAAUCCAGCCGUCCCCUGCGGGUCCUCUCUUUUGUCGUGGCUGCCUUUUUCCUCUGCUGGUGCCCAUUUCAGGUAGUGGCCCUCAUAUCCACAAUCAGAAUCCGUGAACGCUUGAGUGGUAUGACUCCAAACCUCCAAAUUGCAGUGAAUGUCACAAGUUCCUUGGCUUUCUUCAACAGCUGCCUCAAUCCAAUGCUCUAUGUCUUCAUGGGCCAGGACUUCAGAGAGAGACUAAUCCACUCCCUGCCUACCAGUCUAGAGAGGGCCCUGACCGAGGACUCAGCCCAGACCAGUGACACAGGCACCAAUUUGGGCAACAACUCCUCUUUACCUUCUGAAGACAAUGUACAGGCAAUGUGAAG